CCAAACCACUCCUUAUUCAGUCUCUGCGGUUCGCGAUUUCUCAGAACCCUACUUCUCAUCUACGCUAUCUUUCUCUCUCUAAAGAGCCAAAAAGCUAGGGUUUCGAUCGAGAGGGAGAAGUCACUUCUCUCUCUAUCUCUAAACCCUAUCAUCAUAUUAUCAAUUCCGAUUCUGAACUCUCUCGAUUCUUCUAAUUGUUUGUUUAUUUAUAUAUAUAAGUAGUUUUGAUUCAACUAAGAUCGUCUGAAAGCCAUGAAGGUCUUGAAUUCGUCUGUGUGUGUGGGAGACGGUGAUGUCUGGCCACCGGGGUUCCGAUUCCAUCCCACCGACGAAGAGCUCGUGUUAUACUAUCUCAAGAGGAAGAUCUGUCGCCUGCGGCUCAAGCUCGACAUCAUCGCAGAGACCGAUGUCUACAAGUGGGAUCCAGAGGAGUUGCCAGGACAAUCUAAAUUAAAGACUGGGGACAGACAAUGGUUCUUUUUCAGCCCUAGGGAUAGAAAGUACCCUAAUGGAGCUAGAUCAAAUAGGGCAACCAGACAUGGGUACUGGAAAGCAACUGGAAAGGACCGCUCUAUUGCAUACAAAUCUCGUUCUGUUGGGGUGAAGAAGACUCUGAUUUUCUACAAAGGUCGUGCACCUAGUGGUGAACGCACAGAUUGGGUGAUGCAUGAAUAUACCAUGGAUGAAGAGGAGCUCAAGAAAUGUCAAUCCGUACAGGAUUAUUAUGCUUUGUAUAAAGUCUUCAAGAAGAGUGGACCUGGUCCCAAAAAUGGUGAACAAUAUGGUGCUCCUUUUAAGGAAGAGGAUUGGGCUGAGGAUGAGUACUCAAAUGUUAAUGAUCACGCUCUCCAGGAAAAUUCUGUGAUGCAGGUAAAUGAUGUUUCUUCUGUUGAUAAUAACAUCAGGGCUAAUGGUCAAUUGCAGUCUCCUUUAAGGGAUCUCGAGGAGCUCAUGAACCGAAGUACGGAUGAGCCUGCUUUUGCCCAACCACUCGCUGUUCAGCAAGUUUUUGGUGAAGAAGAAACACAAAGUACUAUGGUGGAUCCAUCCUUUAUUGGACAGAGCAUAGUGACCCACCCAAGCACGCUGCAGUAUGAUUUGCAGACAAGCUUUGACUUGACUCGGUCAGCCAUCUCUAAUGUACAAUUGCAUGAGGCACUUGAGGUCACAUCUGUUCCGAAUGUUUGUGAACAGGGACCUCAUGUAACUGAGGAAGAUUUCCUUGAAGAUUAUCUUGAAAUGGAUGAUCUUGUUAGUCCAGUAUCUGCUGUUCAAAACAUUCAAAACCCUGUGGAGAACUUACAAUAUUCUCAGUUCGAUGGAUUGAGUGAGUUUGACCUCUACCAGGAUGCAGCCAUGUUUGUUCAUGACAUGGCGCCGGUUGCAACUUUAACAGUGCCACAUUUGUGUUCAAAUAAUAUUGAAAAUGGAAUGGUGAAUUCCUUAUCACAUACAUACUUACAAAAUUUUCAGAAUGAGAUUGUAAACCAAGGUCCAGAGUUAUAUUUUAACAAUCAAGAGAAUGAGAUGGUAAAUCCCCUGGAUUUCCAGUUUGAUUCCCGUUCAAAUGAUGCUAGCGGUCAGUUGUGGAUGCAUCAUCAAAGAAGCAGCAUAAUUACACCAGCAGCAUCAAAUCACGGUACUGUUCCCGAACCAGCUUCAGGUGUGGUAUAUGCUGGUAAUUCUGGAAAUCUUCCUACUAGUGCAAAUCAAAAUGAAAGUGGCAAAGAGGAGGAUGGUACAGUUACGUGGUUGUCUUCUGCUCUAUGGUCAUUUGUGGAGUCAAUACCCACCACUCCGGCUUUUGCAUCAGAGAAUGCCUUGGUGAACAGGGCUUUUGAGCGAAUGUCUAGCUUUGGCAGGGUGAGGAUCGACGCAGGGAACACAAAUGUUGCUGCAGGUAACUCCACUGCAACUGUAAGAAGAUCAGGCAAAUAUAGUAGUAAAUUUUUGUGUUUUUCUGUUCUUGGAAUUGUGUGCGCUAUAUUGUGGGUGAUGGUAGGAUCUGUAAACAUCUUUGGAAGAUUCAUUUCUUCAUGAACCUAUAAAUGGGGUAGCCUGCCAUUUUGUUCCCGGUACUCCACUGGAAUCACUCCACUGGAAUCAAUUGAAUCCUAAGUUAUUUUGCAAAUAAAGGAAUUCAACCUGUA